AUGUCUAUGCCCGCUGGAUUUAGCACUGAUUCGGUCAAUCACCCCAACAGACGCCGCAUAAAUAUGCCGUCGAUCAACACUGGGGCUCCUCAUGGAGGGGACAACGGCAUGGCUUCCCCAGGAACUGGAUACGAUAUGCAGUUCACUCAACUGAUUCCGUCCCAUCUCCUCUCCCCGUUUCAACCCGGUACGCCCAAUGCCUUUGCGUCUCCCAAUUUUCCUAUGCACGGAUUCCAGCAGACUCCAACAUCCGGGAACCCUCUUUCGCCAACAUUCGGCGCCAACGGGCUAGGGUCACCGACGGGUUUCAACCAGCAGUACGCUACCUACUACCAGCAAUCUUCGCCCACCGCUACUUCUCCGUUGGCUGCAACACCUGGCAUGAUUGCAGGGACCUCGCGCACUGUGUACCUUGGUAAUAUUCCACCCGAGACGUCUGCGGAAGAAAUUCUUGGUCACGUGCGCUCGGGUCAAAUUGAGUCUGUACGUCUAUUGCCCGACAAGAACUGUGCUUUCAUCUCGUUUCUUGACAGCUCUUCCGCCAACCAUUUUCACUCGGAUGCGAUCUUGAAGAAGCUCUCCAUUAGGGGCCAGGACGUCAAGGUUGGUUGGGGAAAGCCUUCCCAGGUGCCGACUUCGGUAGCUCUCGCCGUGCAGCAGUCGGGUGCUUCCCGUAAUGUGUAUCUCGGGAAUCUCCCCGAGGAUGUGAGUGAAGAGGAACUUAGGGAGGAUCUUGGAAAGUUCGGACCUAUUGAUACUGUCAAAAUUGUUCGUGAGAAGGCUAUUGGAUUCGUACACUUUUUGUCCAUUGGCAAUGCCAUCAAGGCUGUCUCUCAACUCCCCCAGGAGGCCAAGUGGCAGUCUCCUCGUCGUGUUUACUAUGGAAAGGAUAGAUGUGCCUAUGUUUCCAAGACCCAGCAACAGAAUGCUGCCCAGUACCUUGGAAUCGCCCCCGGGUAUGCCCAUGUGCUCAAUGGAGCUGAUAGGGAGAUGAUCUCUUCAGCACUUGCACAGCAAUCUGUAGCCGCGGCGGCAGUCGCAACUUCAGCCGGCGGGAUGAACAACCUGGGGAACCGAACUGUUUACCUAGGCAACAUUCAUCCGGAAACAACCAUCGAGGAGAUUUGUAACGUUGUGCGUGGUGGGCUUCUGCAUCACAUCCGCUAUAUCCCCGACAAGCACAUUUGCUUUGUCACUUUCAUCGAUCCCACUGCCGCGGCGAGCUUUUAUGCUCUGUCGAAUCUCCAGGGGCUGAUGAUUCAUAACCGUCGUCUUAAGAUUGGAUGGGGUAAGCAUUCUGGUGCUCUUCCCCCCGCUAUUGCUCUUGCAGUUUCGGGUGGUGCAAGCAGGAACGUUUAUGUUGGGAACCUGGAUGAAUCAUGGAGCGAGGAGCGUCUCCGACAAGAUUUCUCGGAGUAUGGAGAGAUUGAGCUGGUAAAUGCAUUGAGGGAGAAAAGUUGCGCGUUUGUCAACUUCACCAACAUUGCGAAUGCCAUCAAGGCAAUCGAAGCUGUACGAGGGCGAGAGGAGUACAAGCGCUUCAAGAUCAAUUUCGGAAAGGACAGAUGCGGCAACCCGCCUAGACAGACAACAAACAAUCAUCAGUCUGGCACCCCAACAUCUGCUGGCCAUCCGCCCUUGCCGAGCACCAGCCCGGUAAAUGGGCCUCCAUCUGGUGGCCUUCAGCCUAGUUUGUCUCAGUCGGGAUCCGGAGGAAGUCCAGCUCAGCUUAGCCCAUCUGGCAUGCACAACUCCAAUAGUCCCAACAAUGUUGGAACUCCGACAACCCCAAACGUUCAGCACAUGCUCAACAAUGGUGCUGCUGCGAACCCUCUCCAGGCGUAUCUUUCUCAACAGCAACAACAGCAAGAAGCGGCCAUGUAUGCUUCUAAUCUCCAACAGCAGCUCGCUGCUGCUCAGGCGGCGGCUGUCUAUGGCCAGCCAUCUGGUUCCCAGCUUGACCCCUCCGGUCAGGCCGCUACUGCGGCUGUCGAGGGGCUGGGUCAAACCCAUAAUGGAGCGAACGGAUUGGGACUUGCAGGUAUGGGUAUUCAAAACCAGAACCUGAGGGUUGGAGGGCAGCAUAACCGUGCAUUGAGCAUGCCGGUUUUGGGUCAGCAGAACCAGAUUGGGCUUGGCGUUAAUGGUUAUAAUGGUAUGGGGAAUGGCAUCGGGUGGGCCGAGGAAGAUGUCAAUAUGCAUUAAAAGGGGUAUUUCGAGGGACGUAAUUACGGGGUAAUUUUUAACAGUCAGAUUUUGGGGUCAUUAGAGGAAUACAUUUUGGAGACGAAUAUCUUUUUUGUUAAACUGAGAGAGUAGGGACGCGGAAAGAACUGACUUAUAGUUUUUUAAUGGGCUCUUUUCGUUUAUUUUUGUUUCUGCCCACCACAUUGCUAUCUUUUUUUUUUUUUUUGCAUGAAACUUUUUUAUAUCGUUCGACCAACAUGUACUCUCAUUUAGUGUGAUGAUUGAGAACCUUUGACUUCGACUUUUUUCUUCCCUUUUCUUUGUAUCGUUAAAUUUUUUUUUUCCUUUUCAUCUUUUGGCCACUCUUCCGGUUUUGGAUUUUAAAUUACCCUUUACCGUUUCGAUGCUUGUGUCUGCGUUCUUUUUGAAAUUUCUUUUAUAUUAUUAUUUUUAUAUCCUUUCAUUUAUCGUUUAUCCUACUUCGAUUUUUAUUCUAUUUUUCUGUAGGGAUGGAAAAUUUUUAUUAUCGAGUCAUAUCAUAUCGCAGCAUAUCACAUGGUUCUCGCUUGUUCGUUCUGAAGUGGUGUAUUGCAUGUUUAUUAGCAUAGCGCACGUUCCUUUGGAGGAGGAGGGGAGGGAGGGAUAUUGUAGUAGUAUUAUCGCUGUGGGUAUCAUCAUAUAUCGGGUGUCAUUCACCUCGUGGGACAAGGGCGGGCGAGGCAUGGCAAGGAAUGUUUUGGAAAAGGGAAAGGGAAGCAAAAAAAAGAAGAGCGAGGCUAUAUAAUAA